CGUAUGGGUUCGUGGAGUCGCCACGCGUGCCCGUUCGUUGUUGCACAUCGACGACCGACGUCAACCGCUUUCAGUGCCAUAGCGCGUUCCUCCGCGCUAUUCUACAUAACCUAAAAAUUAUCAAUUUUUCCAAUUAAUAUUGUUGUUACUGGCUAAAUUCUGUUAAUACUCAUGAUUGUUUCGAUAUUAUAAAGUUGUGUUGUGAAUUCAACGCCCGUUCCGAGGGCGUUCGUGUGGUGUAUCUAUAUUUGUGCGCACAAAGUAAAUAUAAACGGCAAGCUGUGGGGUUCAGGGGCCUUUUUUUUGCCGCCGCAGGGGAUGUACUAUCCUGUGAGUAACGGCAAUGUCAUCGAUACGGGGACACCUACCUUACUGCACAUGGUGGGGACGGGCAUGGCUGCCCCGUUCCCGUCCGCGGCGGCGGCAGCGGCGGCGGCCGCACAGUAUGCCGCCAACGGGGACCUGUCCGGCGUGAAGGCGGAGACGGGCCCCGCCGCACCCCCGCAGCCCCCGCUCGUCAAGAGCGAGGGGCCCCCCGCGCAGGCCCCCCUCCCGCCCUCCACCUUCUCGCCGCAGCCGCAGCAGCAGCACACCCAGAACUCCAUAGAAAACCAAAAUAACAAUACACAAAGCGAGGGCGAAUCGAACGAGGAGAACACGCCCGUGAGUGUGGCAGCGGUGGUGGCCCAGCAGGCAGCGGCGGCAGUGGCGCAGCAGGCGGCAGCGGCGCACGCGGCGGCGGCGGCGGUCAGCGCGGUCGUCGUCGCCGGCGCCACCGCCCCCGCCACGCCCUCCGAGAAGACCCUCGUCCCCGUGUCGCAGGGCUCCCAGCCCAAACGGCUCCACGUCUCCAACAUACCCUUCAGGUUCAGGGACCCCGACCUCAGGAACAUGUUCGGGCAAUAUGGCACGAUACUCGAUGUAGAAAUUAUCUUCAACGAACGUGGUUCCAAGGGAUUCGGUUUUGUAACAUUCGCAAAUAGUGGUGAUGCGGAGCGAGCACGAGAGCGUCUACACGGCACCGUGGUUGAGGGCAGAAAGAUAGAGGUCAACAACGCGACGGCAAGGGUGCAGACGAAGAAACCGCCCACAGUUCCCAACGUGUGCGUCCAAUGGCCGGAAGCGUCCGCGGCGGCGCUGCGCGGCGCGUCGGUCCUGCGCGGCCGCUCGCCCCGCCCCCCCGCCGCUGCCGCCCCCCAACCCAUACCGCAGGCCAUGAUGCAGCGCGCCGCCGCCUACGCAUCGCCGUUGCACGCAUAUGCACAUGUGUAUUAUGAUCCGUUCCUAGCGGCAGCUGCAACAGCCGAUUCUAACUACAGACUUCAGGCCGCGAAGCCCGCAGCUGAGUUUCAAAAUUUCCAGGCGGCUGCAGCAGCGGCAGCAGCAGCUGCUCCGCUGCUGAAGUCCCCGCUGGCGACGGCGCAACACGCCGCAGCCGCAGCGGCGGCCGCUAACUACGGCGCCGCAGCGCGCGCGGCCGCAGCCGUCAGCGCCGCGCCCGCACCCUCCGCGCUCACACCGCUCGCCGCUGCGUACGGCAGGGAGUAUGCAGACCCGUAUUUAGGGCACGGCAUUGGCCCAGUUACAGGCUACGGGACUGCCGUGUACAGAAGCGGCUACAACAGAUUCGCGCCAUACUAAGCCAGUGGAACAAUGUAGAAUUUUAUUACUCGAAUAUGAAUACUACCUUCGUCAUCUUCACGCAACAUGACAAUGAACUCUCUUUUUAACGUACAAAAAUAAUUUUUAGGUACCAGUAAUAGUGCUAACCUUACUGUUCAAGUGAGUCGCUGGCGGCGGCCCCGCGCCGCCCCAUCUUAUUAAAUACCAAAGUCAUUAAAAUUUCUAACAGAAAUAGUAGUAAGUUGAAGUGUAUUGUAAAUUAUGUGGGAGAUGCAUAUACAAGUGCGAGCAGCUAACGUAAGUGGAGAUGCAUUGAUUCUAUUUAGAUACACGUAAGAGUAUUUUACUUGCGUCAGUCGAGCGGCGCGCACGCAGCGAGCGGGCGCGGCGCUCGGGUAGUCCUUCCGUACGUAUACAAAUUGACAAUAGAAUUACUUUAUGUAAUGGUAUUUAGUGAGCUUUGCACUUGCAUAUCAUAGAAAUUGUAAAUAUUUAAUCCCGAACACGUUUUUAACAUUCUCUCUAUAUUUUAGUACCGGAACAAACUCUCCUCAUUUUUUUGUAAUUAAGAAAAUAAUAGUUAGCCGCCAAGUUAAUUAAUCUUCCGAAGCAUCCAAAAAAUGUAGGGUUACUUUAAUUUUAAAACAUUUACGUAAAAAUCGUCGUCUUACCGUUUAUAUAUAAGUCUAAUAUCCGUAUAAACUCGUACCCUCUCGUAUCUAAGUAGCUCGUAAUGUUACAUUGAUAUGGUGCGAUUCAAUACCGGUGCCAUUUUUCGGUUGUUAUCUACAGACGUAUAUUUUCGGGUUAGUCGUCGUGUAUCGAACGUAAGUAAGAUUAUAUCGCGCUUAGGACGGUGUCCGAUCGGCUUUACUUUACUUAUACACUGUACGAAGCGAGGCGGGGGUCUCGCGCCCGCGUGUCGGUUCGCCGCGCGUUUAGCUUCGCCGAUGCACGUCGCGUCGGCCGUUUACUUUGCGUUAGAUAGUUUAUAGCGGUCGAGUCGUCGUCGGCCGGUAGAUAUAAUUCGAUUGAAACGUAGCCGUAACGCUUUAGAUGUAGUGUAUAAGAGAGAGUGCUCCGCGGAGCUCCUACAUAUCACUUGAGAUUUCUCCUCGUAGUUAUGUUUUAAUACUAUCCUGUUCGACGGUGACUAAUUUUACAACGCUAAUAUAGCUCGGUUUUAAUGAACAAAUAUGCGUACGGGUCCAACCCUAUAGACUUCGUAAUAUAGAUCUAACUUUUGCAUUAGGAUUGUAAAGUAUCUUAUCAUUGAAUUCGCUCAACGUUUAUACCAAAGCACAAAAACCCAUCGAUUCGUGAGUACACGCCCUCUCAUCGUUCGCCAUAAUUAGAUUUUAAUAGUCUUUCAGCCGGAAAAACUUACAAAAUCUACGAGUCGUGCUUUCUACUUUUAUACACGAUAUACUAGAUGUUUCGGAACAAACUAGAAUCGCUUCACACUCAAAUCGGAAGAUCUGAAUGCUUUUUAACUUUUCGUUUAUUUUUGUAGGGUCGUCGAGUAAGUCAUAAUAAUAGGAUAACUGCGUAGCGUGUAGCUUAAGUCGUGGGGCAGGCCACAUAUCAGUACGCGGCCGGAGGGCCGAUACAACGAUAGCUUUAAUUACGUAGUGCGCCACCCGCCGCGCCGCCGGCCGCUCCGAGCCGCUCCGAAGCAGUACCAUGACAUGUCUUAGGGUUUCUAGUCUUUUCGCGCACAAUUUUUAUAGGAUUAAAGAUGCUUCGCUCGCAAAGGUCUCGUGUGAUAGCCGCGUUCGUAUUCGCCUAUUACGAUUCGAAUUGUAUAUUCAGUAGGGUUUUGUGUCAUAUUCUGUUUUUCACGUUUGUACUCGCGUAGUGCCACUGGCUUGUAUAUUUAAGUUAAUUAUCGUAAUCGUUACGUAGAAAUGUUGCAGCUUCGAACAAAUUUUGUGCUUUAUCGCUAAAUACUCAUGUGUGAAUGUGUAAUUUUUUAGAUACGUUUAGUUGUUUAGUUUAUAUAUUUUUUUAUUUUUAAUGCGAGUCGUUAUAAGUACAGAGAAUGUGAAGUACACGUGAUUGUAAUGUAUGAUUUUACUUUUUUAUUAUUUUGUUAGUGGAGGUCACAACUCACAAGUAAUCGCAAUUUUUAUAGGAAGUCUUUUGUAAAGCGAACACGCAACGCGUUUUGGUCCAGCGUAGAUACGAGAUUUUUACGAACAAAAUAUUUAUGCACGAGACGUACGCGCGAGUGUGCUUGCGUGCGCGGUGCGUGCGCGGUGAGUGCGGUGUGACACUCGCUGCGAACAAAAUGCGGUGCGUUUGACUCAAUCAAAGUUAAAUCAUAGCUGAUUUUUUAAUUGUUUUUACACUUCAUGAUAUUUAUAAUCGCUUAUACUUUUGCAACGUAGUAAAAGCAAAAUAAAUUUUUAUAUAGGUACGAUAAGCCAAAUUAUUGUUACUUGGAGAAAAAUCUGAAUUUACACGACAUAUCUGACAACAUGGUUAGUGUGCUACGAUAAGAUUUUGAAAAGAAAAUUAUCAAAAUCAAUGUAUUAUAAAUAUAAUAAUCGUUAAAUUAAGGAUAAUAUAAUGUAUUUUGUAACAAGAAUAGUUUCUUGGUUUUUAUGAAAUGUUGAAAUGGAAAUUUGAUCCACUCAAUCGAUUACGCUGUGCACAAACAUAAUACGCCCGUGGCUUCCAUCGUCGGUGUCAUCCGAAUUGUUAUAUUGUAAUAAAGUCAUAUCAUAGCGUCGUUAGCUCUAGCGGGGUCGGCGGUGGUCCGCCGCCCUCGACCGGUGCGUUACGGAUAGCUCGCAUACACACACUGAUGAGCGAUGACACACCUCAGGAGACCAAUUCAGCCGGCUCGCUUUUAAUUCGGUGUCAAUUCUGAGUAAGAUGAUGAUUAUUGAUUACUAAUGGCAACUGAUUUACCUGAUUACAUAUAACCAAUAAAAUAAUAGAAAACCGAUUGCAAUAUCACAAUCCGACACGUAAUUAAAAGACGAGCCGAGUCGAGGCCGGCCGCCAUGUAUAUAGUGUUAUAGGCGUCGCCGUGCGCCGCGCGUUGCGGCCGCACUUUAUAUUGUUAACGUAGGGAGAGUUAAUUAGUAUCACUUGUUCGUCAAUUGCACCUGUCGACGCGUUCAUUUAGUGUAGUGUACUGAUUAUGUGGGGUGACGCUCGUGUCAUCCGCGGCGGUGGUCGUGUAGCUGCGGGCCCGAGCGGGCGCGGCGUGCGUGCGCGAACGUUGGGGUAUAAUACCGUGUUACGGGUAAACAAGUGCCAAUAUCGCCUAGCUCGUUCACACGUUCGCUGACGCGAGCCGCGCCCGCUCAGCUCCGCUCGGACUACUGACGAGUCUACCUAGCAUCGCGCAUUUCAGGAGGAGAUAUCCCUCUUUGGCACUCACAUUUUGUCGAUAAAUGAUCCAAUUUUUUAUAUACAUACAUACAUAAGUAUUUUCUUAUUAAUAUGCGUAGCUGCCGAUUAAUUAAAAGUAUAAGAAUAGUUUCUAGAUUUUAUUCUAAAUUCCUACUCGGAACCAUUUUAUUGAGUAAAUUGUGAGUACUAAAAUGACAUGGGAUGGGUAGAAUGCGGCAUGUCAUCUGACUCGUACACGACGAAAGCGCGAAGCCCGGCCCGCACGAAUGUCUCGCCCGGCGUUUACUUUUCCUAGACGAUAUUCGAUGUAAUUGUUUAAAAUGUUUAGAGUAGUAGCUAGAGCCUAGAGGGUGUGCGGGGGCGGGCGUCGCGGCGCCGCGUGCUGGGCGCUUUAGCCGGAACCAGUAUUUAGAUACUAUAACGUGCUCAAUUUCCAUGUCUGUAUGUUGUACUAUAAUGUUGAACUAAAUGUUUGAAAGUAUUGGAUAUACCUAGACGUUUUGUUAUAUAAUGGAUGUCUUCCGUUCGGCACGUUUUAUAGGGUCAUUGCACAUUUUUUAAACACGGGUGACUCCAGGCUGUUGAAUGCUAUUUUUUGUUACUGAAGACGGUUCGAGCCGAGUGCACAGCGACCACUCCUUGCGAUUUGUGAUAAAGUUUUUGAGGUUUUGUGUGGGGGUGAAUUUAUCAUAGAUUGCAGAGCUGAUUCUCUCUUUUAAUGUAAAUAUUUUUUUUAUUGGAAAAUGUUAAAUGAAGUGAAUCAUUUAAAGCCUUUGGCAUUGUGUACUCAUUUACGUUAUUAAUAAAUUAUAGUAUGAA